ACGGGCGCCCGGAGCCGCUGCCGGCACGGCGAGCGAGGGGGCGGGCGCACUGCAAUUGGAUAAAUGCAGAACAUGUAGGAUUUUCUUUGCAUCUUGUUUUCUGGCUGCUGCAGAAUCUUUGUUUAAAGAGGUGGAGUAGGGCAAGUUAUUAUGACCUUCCUCUAAACUGUAGGGAACUGCCUUUGUCAGCAUAGUGAACACUGAUGCCUGGAGUAGCAGAUUGUGCAUGAGCAGACAUCUCUGUCUUCAUCUGCAGCUGCUGCAGGAAGUCAGCUGCAUUGUCUUUGGUGCAGCUGCAAGAAUGACUUGACUGAUUUGCAUUCAUGGCUCUUGGAUGAUCUGGUGAACCAUGGAGCUCAAAGUAUGGGUGGAUGGAGUGCAGAGAAUUGUGUGCGGGGUCACCGAAGUCACAACAUGCCAGGAAGUUGUAAUAGCCCUUGCUCAGGCUAUUGGGCGCACCGGGCGCUACACGCUGAUCGAGAAGUGGCGGGACACGGAGCGGCACCUGGCGCCUCACGAGAACCCCAUCGUGUCCCUCAACAAGUGGGGACAGUACGCCAGCGACGUGCAGCUGAUCCUGCGGCGCACCGGGCCCUCCCUGAGCGAGCGGCCCACGUCAGACAGUGUGGCGCGCAUCCCCGAGAGGACUCUGUACCGGCAGAGCUUGCCGCCCCUGGCCAAGCUGAGGCAGCCCGGGGACAAGGCCAUGAAGAGGAGGGAGCCGAAAAGGAAAUCCCUCACCUUCACCGGCGGCGCCAAGGGGCUAAUGGACAUCUUCGGGAAGAGCAAGGAAUCCGAGUUCAAGCAAAAGGUGCUCAACAACUGUAAAACAACAGCGGAUGAGUUGAAGAAACUGAUCCACCUCCAGACGGAGAAGCUUCAGUACAUCGAGAAGCAGCUGGAGUCCAACGAAGCUGAGAUCCGCUACUGGGAGCAAAAGUACAACACCAGUCUGGAAGAAGAAAUCCUCAAACUGGAGCAGAAGAUCAAACGGAAUGAAGUGGAGAUUGAGGAGGAAGAGUUCUGGGAAAACGAGCUGCAGAUUGAACAGGAGAAUGAAAAGCAACUGAUGGAGCAGCUGCAGGAGAUGAGGCAGAGGAUCCUGGAGUGUGAGAGCAAGCUCAAGGACUAUGUGUCUCAGAUCCACAACAUGGAGAGUGGCCUUGAAGCAGAGAAGCUGCAGCGGGAAGUUCAAGAGUCCCAAGUGAAUGAAGAAGAGGUCAAAGAAAAGAUUGAGAAGGUGAAGGGAGAAAUUGAUAUUCAAGGCCAGCAGAGUCUGAGAUUGGAAAAUGGCAUUAAAGCAGUAGAAAGGUCUUUGGGCCAAGCUACCAAGCGAUUACAGGACAGGGAACAAGAACUGGAGCAACUGACCAAGGAGCUGCGCCAGGUUAACCUGCAGCAGUUCAUCCAGCAAACGGGAACCAAGGUGACGGUGCUGCCAGCAGACCCGGUGGAGGUGGAGGCCCCACAUGCGGAGCUCGAGAGAGAGCCAGCCUUUCAAUCUGGGUCACUGAAGCGCCCUGGCUCAUCGAGGCAACUCCCCAGUAACCUUCGGAUCCUACAGAACCCCCUGUCAUCUGGUUUUAACCCAGAGGGCAUUUAUGUAUGACAGUAUGUACCUCUUCUAGAGAGGACCUAGCAAGGUACCCUGGACAAGAUACACUUUAUUUUAUUCAGCCAAUGAUGAAUGGAAGAAGUUUGUCUUGUUUAGUUUUUUUGUUACACUAUCGUGUUAUUUUUUCUUCUUCCUCCAACACCACUUGGAGCCAUACCCUGUGCACUGAUGCUAAAGAGACAGGAACUAUCUCAAUUCAUAAUUGGCAAGGAUGACCUUGCUGUCAACACAGCUUGAGUGCAAAAACCUUCAUUGUUUUUGCCACUUCAGAAGUGUUCGGGAAAGUAUUGUUCCUUGUAUAGUCAUAAAUGGUGAAGGAAACUGUGUAUGCAACUUAUCUGAGGUUUAAUUUAUUCCCUUUAAUCAAUGGACCUGUGAAUGUUGACCUUUUAUAUCUUUAUUUUUAACUUGUGAAUUAUCACGUAUGGCUGUGUGUCAUUCUGACGAGGUGACUUUAAUUUGUGUGUACCAACAUCCCCCAUCUGAUCAAGUACAGUAACCUGCAGUGCAGAGUUCUGAGGGGUGCUGAACCACUGCAGUGGUUUCUCACCACUAACUUUGUUCCUUUCUUUCAUGGGUCAUCAUAUGUCAUGCUCCAUCCAUUGCUACCUUUUAAGGCUUAAAAAAGUGAGCUUGUGGGAUUUACUUGCUGUUGUAUCUGCCUUGAAUGAAGCACCUAGUGUUCAAAAGAUUUAUGGAUUUUAAACCUUGGCUUGGUAAAAAUAUUUCCAACAUAUGAUUGAGGAUGCACUAGUUAGAUGAUAUUUUAUUAUAUAGAAUGUAUAUUUGAAAUAUUUUGCCACAUUGUAUAUGCCUUUUGAGAAAAGAACAAUGUAAGAAGUUGUCUUCAUAUAUCUUACCAAAAGAGAGUAGGAGGCUUUCACUGUAUGUGAUUUUGUACUUAAUUUUUUCCACUAGCCAUUACAGUGUUCUUGUUUUGUUACAAAUCUUGCUGUUGGAGGGGAAGAAAGGCACAGCACAAAUGAGUAUCCACUUCCAGCCUUCCAGAAUCCACUCAAGUUUUAUGAAGGGAAUAAACCUGGCAGAGUCCUAAGAAGUCAAUAGCAGAGUUCUUAUUGACAGGAGUGAGGCCAGGAUUUUAUUCAGCUCCCUGGUGGAGAUAUAUGGUCCCUUUGAAAGACAGUCACUUAGAGAAUGUAAAGCUUCCAAGCAGAAAAUUCACACAUUUGAUGGUCAUUUUUCACAAAGCAUAUAAAAAGAGAACAUUAUCACAUUUGAUGGUGCUCUAAUACAAUCAAAGCUAAGAAAGAAUUAGACAAAAAGGGUUUCCUGCAGAAAGUAGCAGAUCCCAAAUAGCUUCUUAGUUGCAGGCCUUGAAGUGAGAUUGCUGCAGGGCACACCAGGUUUGUGUAGAAAGGGACUGGCAUGAGUGGGACACACUGUAAACGUUGGGGGCUGGCCUCAUGGAUGAGUUAGGGAAGGGAUGGGCCUUCCCUGGUUUGGAUUUCCAGUUCUAACAGCAACUCCCAGCAUCAUCCCCACCUUGGAGAUCCCCUGGGCACAAGGGGGGACACUGCCCUCACUGCAGUGCUGAAGACUUGGGCUCCUGAUGCCCUCCUUGGCAGAGUCAGGAUUUUACCACUAGGAAGCUCCAAGCUUUUAGCCAUAGAAAAAUACUUAACUCCUAGUAUCCUCUUGUGCUGAUUCACUGAUGUGCAGAUAAAUGUUAAUUUAAGUCUCAUUUUCUAAAAAAGGAGCUUCCUGACAAAUGGAAUUUUUAAAAGAUAGAGCAGAAGAUGAAGGAUUCUUGAGUGUUUAAUGCAUUUUUUCCUUUCCACUUAUUGAUGGCAUCAUAUAUUCUAAAAAUGCUGCUGUAUUUAGACUUACAGCAACAGAUAAGGCUGUGAAUAUAUAAAGGACCUUUCCAAAUGGACUCUGAAUUUUUACUGUUUGACUUAUCAGGUGGGUUUUGUUUUGUUUUGUUUUGUUUUUGUUUGGGUUUUUUUGCAUCUUCCCUUGUGAGCAAACUGGAAAAUGAGAUAUUCCUAUUUGAGGAACCUUUGCAGUGCUCACCCAUUUUACUGUUAGUUUAUCACAAUUCUGUGCUCAUGUUUACUGUGCCCAUAACUUUGUAUUAAAAAAAAAAAAUAUAUAUAUAUAAGUGUAAAAAUAUAUAUAGUUUGGAGACAAUAUCUGUCCAAGGUACUUGAGCGUAUAUGCCUUACAUUCUGGGUUCAAUUUACAGAAAUGAAAUGGCCCUCUCCAGUGCAUCUUUAGCACCUCUUGGUGUUAGAGAACUGAGGCACUCAGCACCUUGCAAAGUCUGGCCCAAAUUAUGCUGCAUGGAAGUGAGGGGAAAGAGUCUUGUUCUGAGAUGAAGUAUUUUUAAGGCAGAUCAACAUAUUUACCCCAGUUAAUGAUUUUGUCAUAUUCUGUGACUGGUCCAUCUUCCACAGAUGUCAGUUUGAGCUGAAUUGGGCUCUUGCAUCAUAAAACCUGCUCUCUUUCUCUGCCAGGUUAUUUUGUAAGACAGAGGGAGGAGGAAAAGGAUUAAAAGAAAGAGUAAGAGCAGCUUUGGGGGGGUUGAAUUACAGCUUUGUCAUAGAAUCAAGGGAGGAAUUUGCCGUUGGAGUUAAAAAGUAGCACCUGCUGACUGCAGCAGCUGUUGGACACAGGGGCCAGCCUGGAGCUGGCUCAGGAGUGACCACUUCAGCACCCCUGAGUGGCUCCUCCUUGCCAGGGCUUUGGCACAUGUCAAGGUGAUCUGAAAAAAAGUUUGCAGCUUCAGCCACUCCUGUGGCCAAGGAGAGGCUUUGGUAUCCAGACCUGCCAGUUGUGAGACACUGACAAAUUCCCAUGCCCCCACCAUACUCCUCUUGCUUACUAAUUUCACCCAGGCUGAAGUUCCAUAGCAUUUUCACUCUCUCUGUAAAUAAACCAAAAAGAAAUGGCAUGCCCUUGCAUUAAAUGUGAAUUGACCCAUGUGUAACGGUUAGAAAAAUUUCUCACACUAUGGCGUUUAGAGUUUUGCUUCUGAUCAACUGCAGAAACUCACUCUUUCUUUACAACUGUACAAAAAGUCCAUUUUCAAAAAUGUUCCAAACCUCCUAGGGCAUUAGCAGAAAGGAAGCUACACAUACUAAUUUUAACAAGUGCCAUAUUAUUUACUGGGCAGCAUGAUAAAAAUGGGGUUUUUUGCUUGCGUUAAAUAGUUGAAUACACAAGCACUAUUUUCCAGUGCACAGGGAAUUUAUAUGGAGAACUCCUGUAAUUUAUUACUAAUGGAAAUUAACUGUGUUACCUCUCUCAUCCAUGAGGAUGGAGAUGCUAUGUUGUUAGGGGAAAAGAGGGGGAUGACCAUCUGAAAAGCUAGUAGGUUAAGGCUAAGGUGAACAGUCUGAAUGCCUGAGCAAGGGAGAAACCAAGUCCCACUCUGAAAAGUCAGCUCCCAGUAUCUUUCAGUGGGACUUAGGUUCCCAAGUGCCUGAAUUGCUUCUGGGAAUGGUAUGUUAGCUUUGAGAUUGCUUGCUUUUCUAAACCCUGGCAAGUUUGGAGGAAGUUCUUGAAGAAGAGAACUACCACCACUAGCAUUAGCAAUAUGCAAACAUAUGAGGUAAGAGGGAAAAAGAUCCUUUAGUGAAAUAAACAUCUCCUCUUGGGGCAGCAAUUGCCUUGUUUUUAGCGUGAAGAGUAUUGCAUUAUUUUGGUGAACUGGGAUCAUAUGAGAAUGAUCAAAGAAACAUCAAUCUUGUAACUUUUAGUGAGUUACCUUGAAGCAUAUAAAUUCCUGAUGUGCAUUAACUUGAGUGAAUUGGGCCUUAAUGAUACAUGUAAAUAACAGAACUGUAUUCAGAUAUAUUUUCCAGAAAAUAGUCUCUAAUGGUCUGUACUGUAUCAAAAAAAAAAGUGUCAAAAUGUUACUUUUAUAUUACACCUCUUUUUUUGUUUGUUUGUUUGUUCUGGUUGGUUUUUUUUUUUUUUAAGAACAUUGAAAUGUGCAUGUUUAUUCUAUUUGCUACAGUAUUUUAAUGUUUUGGAUGAAGGCCAUCAGUUGUAUGGAGAUGACAAAACAAUCAUUCUAUUUAUUCAGUAUUGCUGCUUAAAGUUUUCAAAAUAAAGCUUUCAAUGCCAAUAUAGUGACUGAUUGAAAGCUGUUCUAGCUCUCUUCAGGUGUUUUUUUCCUAUGUUUGUAGAAAACUAAAUAAGUGAAACUUGGUAUAUGAGCUGUUAUACCAGCAAAGAAUUACUGCAAUAAUACUGGGGGCUGGGUGUAAGUGUGUGUAGUAAAUACCAAUGUAUGCAUGCAGUGAAUGCCUUUAGCUCUCUAAGUGGAGUGCUGAAGAAUGUUAAAUCCUUUGUGGUCUUGCAAGCACUUUACACAUGUGACCAAGUACUGGUUAGAGCUUUGUGCCCAUGUGUGGUGUGUGUGAGAGCACAAGGGAGUCACAAAGGAUCAACUCAGAGCCCUUUGAACCAGACUGGAUUUAAGGACAUUCUUGAGUGUUCCAGAGAUAUGUGUCUGACUGGGGCCUAAAAAAGGUGUUCUGAUACAAAACCCUUUCAGCUGCAGCAAGGAUGCCUCAAGUGUAGCUGGUACCUCUGAAAAUUUUAGUAGUACUGAAAUGGAUCAAGUGUGCCUGCUGUACUUGUGAAGUGUGUCAGAAUGCUGAGAGAGUUCACCCUCACCAUCAUCCCAUGAAACUGCUAACUAGGGGUUCUGACUGGAACACUUGAGUUGCUGAUGCUUUAACCUAGAGAAGCAACACAAACUGUGAAAACACGAGUGUUUUAUUACUGCUCUGCUUCAAUGCAAGAUGAAAAUCUGUAUUAUAUGUAACUAUAUUUUUUGUCAUUUAAAAAGCUAUUUUUUAUUAUUCUCAUGAAUGGUUGACAAAAAGUAUUGGAUAUGCUCCCAUACAAUAAAUUCCCCUCUGAAA